CACGUGGUUUAUAAAUCUACAAACAAGAUUAAAGGAUCCACAGCUGCUGUGCGAAGUUUUGUUGCCAGGUGGCUGAACUGCGUUACAUUCACGAACCGAAACCUCGGACCCAGACCAGCAGCAGAACUCUGAACCGGACCGGAGAAGAUGAGCUUCUUAUUUGGGAAUCGUUCAUCAAAGACGUUUAAGCCGAAGAAGAACAUUCCAGAAGGUUCACACCAGUAUGAGCUGCUCAAACAUGCCGAAGCUACGCUGGGCAGCGGGAACCUCCGUAUGGCUGUCAUGCUUCCUGAUGGAGAAGAUCUUAAUGAAUGGGUUGCUGUUAACACGGUGGAUUUCUUCAACCAGAUAAACAUGCUGUACGGCACCAUCACAGAUUUCUGCUCAGAGAGCAGCUGCCCGGUCAUGUCAGCUGGACCCAAAUACGAGUAUCACUGGGCGGACGGGACCAACAUUAAGAAGCCUAUCAAGUGCUCGGCUCCCAAGUACAUUGAUUAUUUGAUGACGUGGGUUCAAGAUCAACUUGAUGACGAGACUCUGUUUCCUUCUAAAAUAGGCGUUCCUUUCCGGAAGAACUUCAUGUCGGUGGCCAAGACCAUUCUGAAGCGCCUGUUCAGAGUUUACGCUCAUAUUUACCAUCAACACUUUGACGCAGUCAUGCAGUUACAGGAAGAAGCCCACCUCAACACAUCAUUCAAACACUUCAUCUUCUUCGUCCAGGAGUUUAAUUUGAUGGAUCGCAAGGAGUUGGCACCACUUCAAGAACUCAUCGAGAAGCUAACAACUAAAGACAGAUAAAGAGAGAGAGAGAGAGAGAGGGAAAGAGCCGAAGAGUACUAAAUGCUGAUGGAAAACCGUGAUAUGUAUCUUUAACUACUCAUUUGCUUUAUAAAGAUGAUUUUAGCCCAACAGCACAUGCUACUGUAGGUGAACUGUUGUAAAUGUAUAGAAUCUGCACAAUGCUAACGGUUAUAAAGGGAUCAUGGCUAAUAACAUCAGGCCUAUCAUCUUAAAUAUACAUUUAUUGAAGUUUGAUAAAAGGAUGAAACGGUAACACUUUGUUUUUAGUUUCUUAAGAUAUUCACAUUAUUAAUUUACUCUGUGGUCACAGAAAAGGUAAAAUUUUACUCAAGACUGUUGAAUUAUGUACUACAGUGAUUCCACUUGUUAGCAUGGUGCCUGUAUCACGUAAAACAGCGUUUGAUUUGAAUGUUUUAAAGAUGUUUGAGUCUUAAAGCUGCAGAUGCGGUUAAAUAGGUGAAGUCUAUUUUCCUAUGCAAUAUUAUAAAUGAUCCUUGCUGAUAAUAUGAGAUCCUGAACCACAAGAUCAGCCAUAAAGGUUAAUUUUCGAAAUUGAGAGCUGAAUAAAUAAGCUUUCCAUUGAGGUCGAUUCAACUUUUUGAAAAUCUGGAAUUUGAGGGUUUAAAGUUGUCCAGAUGAAGUCCUUAGGAACAACAUAAAUACAUUUUCCAUAUAUUUAUGGUAGACAAUAUUACAUAAUAUUUUCAUGAAACUUGAUCUUAAUAUCCCAAUGAUUUUUGGCAAUGGCUAUAAAUAUACCCAUGCAACUUGUGGUUUUGUCGUCCAGGGUCACAUUUAUUAGAGUUACAUGAUCAUAUUUUAUUUAGCUUGUUUUGUCAUGAUGCAUUUAUAAUGUUUGGAUUUUAUACGGAUAAGUCAAGGGUUUUUCAGACUACUAAAAUAGAAAUGUUGUGAUGAAAUGUGCAUGUUAAAAUGGCCCGUCUGUUGAACCCAAGUGGAUAAUGAUAAAAACGGCCUUGAUGCAAUGAAGCUGCUUGUCGUUUUCAUGAUAACAGCUCGAAGACUGCUGUAAGAUGUAUGUUUUGCAAAGCCACUCCAACCGUUUCCUUAUCUGAGGUCAUGCAACAUUUUGAAGUGUAUGUGAAUACAUUAGGAUUUUGGUCGGUUUAUAUGAAAGAUUUUGUUUUUGAAGUGAUUGUUCUUUUCUACCUCCCAUGUUAAUAUUUUAUUCAUUGCAUCACUUUGCUUUGGAUGCUUUUUAAUCAUUACUUUAAAAUCUUUAUCAUUUUUUAGGUUUUAUUUUUGGAGGUUAUAAAAUCCGGUGUUUCUGCUAAAAGUGUAAAAGUGCCAACCAUUGAAUAAUAUAGGAUAAAGCUGAAAUAUUUAUAACAUUUUUGUCACAGAAACAAUAAUCUAUUUUCCCUUGAUUGUAUAAUAAUUGUAACAAUAGCAACUGAUGUUAUUUCUGCUGUAAAUAGAGCAAAUAAAACGAUUCUCUUAAGA